CCACAUGCACGACUGCACACACAUAGGGAAAAGAAGAGGGGGAGGUGGGGGCACAAAUACACAUGCACACAGAAAGACAGCCCUCAAGUGUAAAUGCUUGGAAGAACACACACACACACACACACACACACUCUGACGCGUGCCGAGUGCAGGAAUCACAAACAUAGCGACACACAGAGGGGCAAGCGCAUGACGCCAGCAACCUAACGCCGUUGUCUCUCUCUCUCUCUCUCUCUCUCUCUCUCUCUCUCUCGCUCUCUCUCUCACACACACACUCAUCUCUCUCUCUCACACACACACACUUGUCUCUCAGACGCACACGGCAGCGCUCCAGCCAGCGAACAGGACUGCGCUGGACAUAUCGUUCGUAUAGGGAAUAGAUCCGAAGAAAAGGAUUAACCAUCUCCAUCCCUCUCCCUCUACAGACCCCAUCCUCUCUUCUCUCCUCUUGUGUCUCUAAGCCUCUCUUCACCUCGUUUUUUUCCCCUCCACAAUCCCUCCUUUUUCACAAUUUAUUGCUGGGUUGAAUGGAAGCUGGGGGGAUUGUCUCUGUACAGAAAGGAGGAUUAUUCUUGCAUUAUUCACUUGACCAGGAUCUUGAAUGUAUGGAUUUAUUUAAUUGAAGGAAGGGGCAACAGUUUUUAUUUUUGAGAUUUUUUUUAUCUUUUUUAUUUUAUUUUAUUUUUGGGAUAUUCUUUGCGAGGAUGGCUGAUGGCAGAAAGCUAUAAGGCUGGUGCUGUCUGAGAUAUUUGGUGAAAAGGUAAGUCUGCUUGUGGUGUCAGUUCUCUUCUCCUAACUCAUACACACACACGCACAGACUUCAUUUCAACUGCCCCUCAUGUUUUUCACGACUGGAAUUAAAGAUAUACUAUGUCACACAAAGUACUGCAGACGAGGGCAGACUUGCCUUUUUUUUUCUGCAAACAAAUGGACAAUUUUGACGGGGCCAAAGGUGCCUGCUGUGAGGAGGUGGAUGCUGAAAAUGUCAGCCCUUAACCUGUUUCCUGGAUACACACAACAUGCACAUUCACUGGAAUGUUUGGGCUGUGGUUUUGGGGCAAAGCUUGCAGAGGUGGGAAAUAUGGAGAAUGUGAGGAUAUGGGAGUGUUUUUUUUUUUUUUUCAGCUAUUUCUUAUUUACAGCUAAACAUGAAAGAAGUACAUAUAAAGAGAGGCAGCAGUAAACCACUCACGUGACACACACAUGGGUAAAAGGAACUAAAUGAUACGCUGUAAAGAUACGUAUGACUCUAAUUUCUAAACAUGCAGUAUGAGUAAGUAUACAGCAGAUAUAACCUUGUAUUUUUUCUCCUGCCACGAGCCACAUAAUUGUAAGACAAACCGAAUUGUUGUGGUCUUCGUCUGCUCAUAACAAACCACUUGAUACAUAAUCUGUUGAGAUGUAGCUUAGCUGAGGUAAAAAUACUGCAAAAUACUGGGAUAUUUUUUGUUUUGCAUGACUCCUACUGUAUACCAGAUGUACCACCCUUGGAUGUUUUAAAAUUGCAUGAGGUACUCAAACAUGGCGGCCCAUGUAUUCCACUGAAAGCCCAGGUGACUCACAGCGAAAAUGCCAAAAAGAAGUUUGGGUGGCUUCCUGCUUCAAUGCCAAAGCAUGUUCAUUAAAAUCUCGCUCUGUUUAGCUGAAUGAACAUAAAGAAAUAUCCUGGCCUAGAAGUUUAUAUAUUGGGAAUCACAAAAAAGUUCAGGAAAUGUUUACAGCCAUUUAUUAUGUAGUGGUCAUGAAAGUGUCUCUUGAGCCCAAGGCGUCAUGUGAGCUGCAGGUCAGACUUUGGCCACCAAACCAAAAUUGCUGAUCUAAGUGCUACUGUUUCUCUUGGGGGUUAUGUCAGCGUGGAUCUGUGUUAAUAUACUAGAAAUCUUAUGUUACACUUUUCCUACAGCAAAAUAAAUAUCCUAUCAUUUGCCCCUGUUUGUCUAUUGGGCUUGACAUAGACAACUUUACAGACAAACGUAUUUAACUCAAAGAAAGCUACCAUUAGUUGUAAUGAAUCUAAAGGGAAUAAAAACAGCAGUAAUUGCUUUAUUUGGCUGCCUUAAGGCUAGUCGUGCUUCUCGUUUCUCUGACCUUCACAGAAAAUGAUCUCAAUCGAUCUGAAGCCCUCGAUAGUUUCUAUUACAUGGUGUCCUGUUGAUCCCGUGCAGCGUGCCACUGUUUUUUUUUUACCUGUUACCUGCUGUAGAACACUUUGUAGGCUCUAACCUUGUUUAAAAACGGUGUGAUAGAAGAGUGAUUAACAUUCAAGAGCUGCAGUGUGAUUAUAUGAUAACGCAGUGGGUGUGAGGCACUCCACCCUGAUAUCCUCUCUUGUGCCUCUCUACAUUAGCUACCAAUUAAUGGGAAUUGUAUGAAUGUCCUCUAAGUAAUGAAGGCGCAACAUAAACCUGGAGAAAACAAUGAGCACCGACUAAGUCCACGGUUAGUGCUGUAAUUUAAAAAUAAAAAACACCUCAGACUAGUCUGACAACUCCUCCAAUCAUUUCCUACAGACAUGUGGCCACAGUCUUGGUGAUAUUAUUGAUGUGCUUGAAUGAAUAACCAAUCACACACAUAUCCCAAGUACUGUAUUUUUGUUGAGUUGCUGCAGUGCACUGUAAAUUAAGAGUGUGGUACUAGACUAAAAAGCUGAAUUUAUAUACACUAUAGUAAUAUUAAUAAUAAAACAAUACAAAUAAUUAUUUCAAAUAAGCAUAACAUUGUUCACAAUUAGAAUGCCUGCAUGUACGUGUAUGCUUGAACAAAAUAUGUGUUUGUGGACACAUGCAGACGUUUACAACGUGUGUGUGCCGAUGUACAGUAUGCGUCUGCAUACCCACACGCAUGUGUAAUUAUACAUCUGUACAUAUUUUUGCCACAUGUGCCUGUCAACACUCGUGUGGCUCUAUUUGUCAAGCUAUCGGCAUGUGCUUAGGUGUGCGUGUGUUGUGUUGCCCCAAUCUCUCCACUCUCCUGUGUAAGUAAGCCAUUAAAAAUUGAUUUUGAUGAGUUUGGCUGCCCCUCUCUGCCUUUGUUAGCACCCUGCGCUGUUACACAGACACAGACACACACAGACACAGACACACGCAGGUAAAUGCACAUUACCCUUUCAGGUAUUAUGAGUGUUUACUUCUUUUUCCUCUCUGUUGUCAGCUUGAUCGCCUAAAAAUACAUUCAUACAGCAAAACUGUAUUGUCAAUUACAUUUCGUGGGAAACUCUCUCAGAUUAUUUGUUUUUGAGAUAAUACGUUUCUAAUCAAAGUCCACAAACGUCUGAGUAGGACGAGGUCAGAGUGGAUGGGCGGUUAAAUAAAACAAACCAAGGACUUUCAUCCAGGAUACCACUGUUCAUGUUAAACUAGGCCUGAAUCAAACACCAGCCAACUGUCAAAUGCUAAUGUGUGUGAGUACAUGUGUUUGUGUGUGUGUGUGUGUGUGUGUAAAAAGGGAGGAUAGGGUAGAGCUGAAGUUGAAUGGUUGGGCUGUGGGUUUACAGCUGUGAUGUCACUCAUUGAGGGGCCACAAUCGCACAAUCAAACACUCAUACCGUGGCGCACACACACACACACACACACACACACACCUGCCUUCACACAUGGAUAGACAUCCUCUUGAGUGCAUGCAGGUGGAUUUCAAUUUGGGGGCAAAUUGGACAGAAUUCCGGCGAUAUUGAUUAAAAACGAUUAGUCGAGCCGAGUGGGGCAUGUCACAAGAAUGAUGAAAUACUCUGAAAUAUGUGGGCUCAAGUGGGCAAAUCGGGCAAAGAUGUUGUGCACACAGUAGCACAAAGAGGAUUUAAGCUUCUCUGUCAAGGUGAUUCAAGUAGAUGCCUGUUGUAGCACCAACACAACUUUCACUACGUCACGGGUGGAUGAGACGUGAUGUGAAAGAGUUAGCUACGGCAGAUUAGUGAGAAUUACAACUAACAUAUUCCUGAAGUCUUCCUGUUUACAUUAUUGUAUUAACAUAUUUUAUAGACAGUGGGGAUGCUUGCUGGAAAUGGAUUUGCUAGAUCACAAAGAAAUGUAUUUGUCAAGCGUGAAUAAAAAUAAGAACAACGUUGAGCCUUUCUUCAUCUCGCUCGCUCACUAUCGACAGCCUCUUCCCUGCAUCAUAAACAUGGAGGACUAAACACAAGCAGCCCGAGUUGACCAAUCCCAGUUGGUGGUCUCUACUUGUUAUCUCAGCCCCAAGGGGUGCGGUUACAUUUUUGAGGAAAUGCAUGCCGGAGGCUCUGCACAUCAAGCAGCCUUUGCAACACCCCAUGGAGAAUAAAUCCGGCUUACGUGCGGACAGGAAACAGUUAGUGGAAUAAACAGUGAAAAAAUAGGACGGAAAGAGGAGAGAGAAGAGGAGCAGAGGAGAGGAGAAGGUGUUAUUUGACUCCCCAACAUGCAGGCCACUUUGGCGACCAAGUAUUUAGACGUGUGUUUGUGUGUGUGUGUGUUUGAAUGUUUGCGUGAGUGGAUUUUGGCUACCCCCUCAUCCAGGUCAAAUUGGUAAAAAAAGCUUUCUGAGAAUAGCCUGACAGACAGGCUUACCACCACACCACCAGUUUAACAUGAUGGGAACUGAUGGGCGAACAGUAACAUGUGGCUACAGAGGUGACCUUCUGCAACACCUCCAAUACAUCAUUUAUAGGAGAGCUGCAGCAUGAUUGCGCACAGUAGAGUUACCAAAAUGGUACAAAGAAAGAGAAGCAAUAAACAAUUUGAUGCAAAUGAGCUAUUCACCAUUUUGUAUCGAUGCAGACAUUUGACACGACUGAAUGAUUUUACUUUCUGCUCGUAAAGUAACUCACUGCUUCCCAGCCAAAUUGUUUUCCUCCCCAAAAUAAAUCCAAAAUAAACAAACACAAAGGCAUGAAUCAUUUGAAAAAUGGCCAACAUGCAAAACAAGGCAACACUUACAGUCCCAAAGCCGAAACAGAGAUUAAAGAUUGAUUUUCACACAGCUUCAAAUGGCAGCAGAAAUGUUUUAUUCAAUGAACAACUAUGACAAAGGAAAAAAUAGCAUCCAUCUCAAAGUGUGACAAAUGCUUUGUUUGAUGUUGCACAGUAUAUGAGUAAAAUGCAUGGAAAUUAGCAGGAAGUGUAAUAAAGUGAGUGUAUGUUUUAAACAAAAAGACAGCUCCACAGCGCUACUAUUUUAGUCUUGAAAUAAAUUCACAGCUUCCUUGGAAAACAAGGGAAACAUGUAAGAAAUUGAAAGCAGAGAGAGGAAUCUUCCCAAAUUCCCUGAGUUCCUUUCAUUUCUCAUCUGCGCUUCAGAAUCCUUGAAAUGACGUUCACGUGCUCAUUUAAAAAGGAACAACACAAAUUUCCCAGUAGAGCCUGGCUAAUGUGACUUUAAUCACAUGCAGGAAAUCCAUCUGCAGAAUCUCCUCGGUACAAGCCUCUGUUCCUUUGUCAAGGAGAGGAACGAGCCAGAGAGGGAGGGGUGGAACGAGAGAGAGAGAGAGAGAGAGAGAGAAGGGAAGGGGGUGGUGAAUAUUGAAAGAUGAAGGUCAUAAAGAAAGUGAAAAGAUUGAAAGGCGGAGAAAAGAGAUGACGGAGAGGAGAAGAGGAAGUGAGGAAGCAUGGGCUGCGGAGGGAAUAUAAAGACAGAGGGGAGAGAGCUGAGAGACUAGACGAUUGCUUUAUAUUUUGUUCAGCGUCUCGCAGGUACUAAUAGCAAUGAUGAUAACACAAACAUCACCACUGGGGAGCAAAUACACACCGUCCCUAAGAAAAAUGUUCUGGAGCAGAAUUUUAACGUCCUCCCUGUUUAUCAAAGGCACUUAUUUCUACCUCACGGACACUUCUGGCACUUCCUGCCUCGUCUAUAUAGUUUCACUGUCCCUUUUCAACACCUCCUAUCUUUUCUUAUUUCACCUCGUCCCCUCUCCUACCACUCAUAUAUAACCAGUUGUAAAUAACUCACUGACACUCUGAGCAGAUUGAUGGGUGUUACUUUUGGAAGUGACUGCAGUUGUUGUCUGUUUGUCGGCUUGGCCAUUUGCAGAGAAAGUAUAAUUUACUGCAUAUCUACCUGACUCACUAUGUUUUCCUUUUUUUCCCCACACACACUUUAUCCUCCCACAGCUCUAGAUCAUUUUUGCAUAACAUGCCAGCUAAGGCGGUACAGGUGCCAAUUUACAUAUAAUCACUAAAUGCACAUUCACCAACUUUAUGGCACAAUGAGCCGUGUAGGAAAAAAAGCCUGCUUGCGUUUCAGAGUUUUCCCCACAAACAGCUAACCACUGAACAACAGCCUAAUCAGAUUAGUGCGAUAUUUCACACUCUGCUGAUUGGGUUUUGAUGAUACUUUGGGUAAAAAGACGCAUUACACAGCAGCACUCCGGCAUUUUCAAAAUUACACUGAUUGGCCCAGGGGGCGCGAGUCAACAGCGAGCAUCAGUCAUGUGGCACCGAGGUUCCAACAAGCGUUCUCCCGUGGCAAUUUCCCACUCGUCAAACCUAUUUUCCCUGUAAUGACUCAACAGUGACAAGAAGACUCAUCUUUUUCAAAGCAAGUGGGAUAUGUUUCAUUACACUGCUGUAAUUGGACUGGGUCUCUUUUUUUCAACUUAUUUUUUAUCAAAAGAAUAGAAAAUUCACAACCAAUCAUCCAGCACGUUGGUACUGAAAACAAAAUGACAACUGCGAACAAUAUAAUACAACUAACUUAUACACAAUGGUAACACAACUUGUUUCUAGUGCACCACAAUUUCCCAUGACAUUUCAGAUAAGUGGAUCAACGGCAACUAUACUAUAGAACUAUCUUAUUAAACUUGCAGCCCAAUAGCCUGACGCGAAUACUCUUGUACUCUUUGUUAGAAAAGUUUGAAGAAUAACCUCCGAGAUUUCACAGCUGAUAUAAUUUAUGGAAUCAUUUGGACACCAUCAUCCUCAAAAUAUUUGAAUUUCAGGAUCUAGAUGUACUCUCAAGGUGACAUGUCCCUUGCUGUUUACCUUCCUUUGUUCAGCAAGGAGUUCAAAGAGUGUCAGCAGCACUCUACCGUCUCCUGCCUUGCCCAAGGGUAGUUUGGUAGAAUCAUACUCAAAAAACAGAUGCAAUGGCGCUUUGCGUUAUAGCCUUCCUAUUCAUUCUCUCUCUUCCCUUUGACUUUUGUUCCGUCCAUAUGUCUCUGUGUUUCCAUGUUAAUGACAUCAUCCUUCUCUCUUUACCUACCUUUUAUCUCCCUCCUCCCCCUCCCUUUUCCUCCCCUCUCACUCCCUGUGUCAUUUCUCGCUUUGUCCCUUCUUUGUGUGUCAGUCUCUGUGCCAGACAGUAGCAGUAGGGGGUCUGUCUGAGGGAAAGGCAAACCGAGUGUGUAAACUGCCAAAGACACACACAUCUAGUAUUCACGCCUAUGAAAUGCCGGGGGUUUGUUUGGGAUGCUUGAGCGCAAGCACAUACGCGCACAUACAUUCGCACACAAGGGAGCAAAGGUGCACACAGAAAUACACUUUUAAUGUAUGCAAGGAAGCCUUCUGGCAAACAUGAGCGUGCACGCAUACACAGCGUCCUGCUGCGUUAGCCUUCAUUACUGCUAGCGUGUACGGGUGUGUGUAUGCAUGUGUGCGUGUGCAUAUUAGUUUGUGUAGCCCUGUGCAACAACAGUUUGAUGUGAUUUUGCCAAAGAAGUAGAAUUUGCAAAAGUAUGAAGGUGCAAGUAGGAGAAAAUUGCUCUAUUUCACUCAAACUUCUUUAAAUCUAUCUAUUCUCACUCAAUUUGUCUUCUCUCUCCCCACAGGUGUUUUCUUGUAGCAUUUCGCAGUCAGCACCCUAGUGGAGGCCGCAGGCAUGGUGGCUUGACGCCCCGCCCCUCAGACAGAGGAAGGCUGCAGAGCUCUGUGUCAUGCCCCCCCACACCCACCCCCCCGGGGGCAUCGGCCUGCCCCCACCCAGCUCUGCCACCCACCACCCGGCCAGACCUGUCUGCCUCCGUGUCCUCUGCCUCCUGGCGACGCUGCUGUCGGCAGCCACCUCCUGCCCUCCUCCCUGUCUCUGCGACUCAGACGGUCUGGUGGUGGACUGCGGGGGCCGGGCUCUCUCCUCCCUGCCCCCCCUUCACCUCCUGCCUCCAGGGAGCCGCUCCCUCCUGCUAGCCAACAACAAGCUCGCCUCGCUGGGAGCCUCUGCCUUCGCUAACCUCUCCUCUCUGGAGGAACUGGACCUCUCUAAUAACUACCUGGAUAAUUUACCCGCUGGAUUAUUCAGAGACAUGUCCAACCUGACGAGACUGACUCUGCACAACAACUCACUUACAGUAAUGGAAAGAGAUCUCUUCCAGGGUUUGGGGGGUCUUCAGAGUCUGGAUCUGUCCCUGAAUGGCCUGUCCUCUGUUCCUCUGGGGGUACUGGAUGAGCUGCAGAGCCUCAGGUGGCUGUCUCUGGCGGGUAACCGGCUUCAUGGUCUGGAGAGGGCAGCGUUUGAGCCACUUGCAAACCUACGACACCUGGAACUGGGACAUAACCCCUGGGAGUGUGACUGCAACCUCCGCGACUUCAAACACUGGAUGGAGUGGCUGCUGUACAGAGGGGGGAAGGUGGACGCGGUCGAGUGCACGCUACCGAAGGAUCUGCGUGGGCGAGACAUCCGUGGCGUUCCGGUGGAAAUGUUCAACUACUGCCUCCAACUUGAAGAUGAGAAUGGGGGAGCAGGAGGUGAGGGUUCUCGUUCCGGUCCUCCCUGCAGCAGGAACGCUCUUAACCCCAGUGGGGCAACACCAAUCUCUGACAACAGCAACACUGCUGAUGACUCCUCUUCAAACACGAGAGGUGGAGGAGGUGGAGGAGGAGGUGGAGGCGGAGAGGCCCCACCGGAUUGUGUCCGCGCCCGUUAUAAGCCCGUGAGCGUGCGCCGCGCCAUCGGCACCGUGGUGAUUGCCGGCGUGGUGUGCGGCAUCGUUUGCAUCAUGAUGGUUGCAGCCGCGGCUUACGGCUGCAUCUACGCCUCGCUGAUGGCCAAGUACCAGAGAGAGCUGAAGAAGAGGCAGCCACUGAUGGGAGACGGGGAGGCAGACGGGGACGAUAGGGAGGACAAACAGAUCUCCUCGGUGGCCUAGAGGAGUUACAGGACGGGGGGAGGGUUGACAUGUGAAGGUUGGAUAGGGUGAAGAUUGCAAAGGGCUCAAAGAAGACAGGGAUUGAAGAGCUUGUUUUAUGCACGCAGACAGUUAUGGUAUCUCUCAAUCGGACUCUCAAACUGACACCUUUCUCCCACUUUUUAUCGUCCUUUCUUCGUCCUCUUUCUAUUUUUAACCUUCCCCCUCCCUGUCCCUCUCUCGAACACUUCACAUACACCUUAUCUGUUCCCUGAUUUUCUCUUCUAUUUGGAGCCUUUCUCACUGCAGUAUUCGUUACCAAUCAUCCCUCCAACUCGCCUACCAACCACCUACUGCUGCUCUUGGCUGCUGCUGAAUUUACCAUUAUAUUGGCUGAGAGAAUACUGAUUUAGUAAUACCUCUAGUGUGAAACAUAUCAUUUAAGCUGUUACAAGAUGCUUUCGGUGUACAGUCGGUAUUUGUAAAACUGGAUCGAAUUUUCAGGGAUUUGCGGUAUGUAUGGUGUCAAUUGGACCAAUAUUCAUAAUGAUGAGAAGAAGUUGUUGUGUUAGGUUGUGCUCAGCUCUCAUUUUGUUUGUAUCUUUCUCAACCUCUCCAAUGCCAGUAGUUCCUCCAAAAAACCAGGACCCCCACCCUGAUCCCCUUCACCUCCCGUCUGGUCUACUGCUCCUCUGAUGUUCCCUUCGUCCUCCAAAUCCCACAUUUAUAUGGCCAAUGCCUCUCUAGUGCUUUGUUGCAGAGAGAAUACUGGGGAGAUUAUAUGUUGAUAGGAAAUAAAACACAGAGUCUCCUGAGGCUGGUGUCCCUCAAGACUCUUUAGGGAUGUUUAACAGGAAACCAUUUGGAUUGACUAAACAAUCAUUCAUGGAUGGCUGGACCUUUCAAAUACAUGAGGUCAGAGACAACGAUUAGAUAUUUGGACCAGAUCUGUUUCUCUCUGGAUCUUCUCUAGACCAAUAACAUCCACCAGGUGUCACAGACUGGAGCUGUGUAUGGGAUUUUACAUGAAUCGUAUGAGUUCAGUUCAAAGGGGAACAAACCAUUUUAACUGCAAUUUGAGUCUGCUGUAUCUUUCACUUUUGCUCAGAAUAAGGCUCUUGCUGACAUGAUGCUUGUUAAAUUAUCUGGACGGCUCAAAAGUCACUUAUCGUGGUGAAAAAGCGGCCAAGCAAACCUUCUGGUAUUUCUUGUUCUACGCUUCUAGCUAUGCUGGUUCAGAACAGUAGUCACAAUAGUUUUAAUGAAAUUAUUGAGAUUUAAAGGACCACAGACUUUGCUUUAAGACAAAUAUUCUUUGUUCAGAGCUCAUUUUCAGACUGAGUUCACCCGUCAAAGGUGAAUGUUUGCGACUAUGGCAUGGAAGCACUAUCUCAGAGAACCCUGUCUCCUGUCAAGGACUCCAAAACGUCAUCUAAGGACUGAAAACUUCAGACUCCUGCACUUUAUUUCCCUAAUCGGAUCCCCUCUGGCCUCCCUCCUCCCUCCCCUCUCUUUCUCUCUAAAAUGGACGAUUUGCCCAAAGGGAUUAUAACGUACAAGGGAUUAAACAAAAAGAAGCUGCUAUUUUCCCCCCCUCCUCCCCAUCCUUUGAUCUCUCCUUCCAUCUUUCCAUCCAGUGCUAUUCAUGGAAAGUGUUUCACACUUUCCUAAAAGACUUCCCUCCUCCUCCUUUCCUUUCAUCCAUCCCUUCUCCCAUAUUGGUGUCCUUAUGUUUUUCCUCAAAGGUCAGCAAUAUGCAAUGGCUGCUGUGUCACCAUAACAUGAAAAUGAUGUCAUCGCCAAAGAGUCCUUCUGUUAUAAACUUAGCAAUCGUCACAUAUUUAUGAGGAAUCUGUUUGAUUGGCACUCCCUCAUUCACACAAGAAGGUUAGUCUGUUUGCUUUGCAUGGUGUUCGCUUAAGUAUCCUCAUUCAUGCACUGAAAUAUUUAGAUUUCUUUUGUCUUCAGUGAUAAACAGUCUCAAGAAUUUGGCUUCCAUUGCAUAUUGCUCCCCUACAGAAGAACUAUUGUCCCCUCUCAAUUUAUAAUUGGCUGGAAAUAAACCUAUAUUUAUAGUG